AUGCGACCCCUUGUAAAUAUGGCGUCGCGACCGCGAUCUCAUCAAUCAGGCCCAUCCUCCAACUCGUCGCAUUCCCAGCGCGAUACACAAGAUGCGCAAAAUGACACCCAAAAGGAGAAAUCUUCGUACAUGGAUUCAGUGAAAAGGAUCUGGAAGAAAGCUGAUCUGGAUUCAUCCACUAUUCUGCUGAUGAUGAAAGGUGGUCUUGCGCCAACCAUAGCUGUGGCCAUUUACCAAUCCAAGGCUGUUGCUGAUGAGUACACGACCUUGGGCUAUCUUGUCGCCAUUAUAUCUAUCAUGGGCUUCGCGAUCAUGCCCCGCGCAAAGUUUAUUCAGAUGAUGAUCUUUGAUGUUUUGUCUGUCUGCAUAGCUUCAUGUUUUGCACUGUUGACGAUGUUUUCCAGUGUGAAGGCACGCCAGCACACUGCCAAAAAUGCCGCUGAUACGUACAAUUCCUCAGCGUCGGCAGUCAGUGGUGUUUGGCUGUUCUUCCAGAUCUGGAUGGUUCACACCUUCCGCGCCAAAUAUCCGCAGUUGCAAUUCCCCGUGAUUAUCUAUGCUAUUUUUGCGAACGUCUCCUCGGUUUAUGCUCCGCAAACGCAGGAUAUGCCGGCUGCGAUCAAUAUGGUGACAAAGAUGCUCAAAUCAUUUCUAACUGGUCUGGGGAUUUCAACCGCUACGUCCCUUCUGAUCCUCCCGAGAACAUCGCGCCAGAUCGUCUUCAAGCAGAUGGCUGGGUACAUUGGUGGACUUCGCUCUGCCUUGCAUGCCCACGCUGUAUACUUUGAGGCAUUGGAGAAAGAUGAUAUGUUUGGUCGCACGGAGACUUUUGAUGAUGCCCGUGAGAAAUUCGGCAAGAAGGGAAAGGUCUACAGCCCCGAGGCAGAAGCCAUCCGCGGUGCGAUCCGAGCGAUCACGGACCUCCACGCCAAACUCCACAGUGACCUCACAUUCGCGAAGCGUGAGAUCGCCCUCGGGAAAUUGGGACCUGAUGACCUUCAAACGAUAUUUCGUCAUCUCCGCCAGAUCAUGAUUCCUGUUGUGGGAUUGAGCUUUGUGGUGGACAUUUUCGAACGACUGUCAGACUAUAACCGAUGGAACAAACCGAUCGAUCUCAAUAUGGUGGUGGUCCCAGAAGAAGUACGACAGCGUGUUGUGCACGAGUGGAACGAUAUCAUGAAAGCAGUACAUGAUCCCUUCGCGAUGAUGAUCCAGACUAUUGACGAGGGGUUGUUGCACACAUCCUACGUUUUCAGAUUAACAAAGCCACCUAAGCGAACACGUACCGGGAAGUCCCCACAAAGGAAUUCACCAGGGGAAAACAAAGACGUGGAGGCCGCAGCCGAAGACACUGGUCCUGGAGAAAAGCACUUCACCGAGCAUUUUGAAAAGAGACUUGGCGAAUUCCGAAAUGCAAAGCGCCUCGCUUUGCAGAUUUGGGCGGAGGAGAAGGGCAUCAUACUCCCGCCCGACUUUUUUGAUCAUCCUACCACGCCUGAGAUCUUAAAAACGGACUUUCUGGAUAACUCAGCCACGCAAAAAGACCGCAGCCGACGGCAAUUGUAUCUAUUUCUAUACAUGGAACAAUUGCUGUACUCAACCGGUCAAACUGUGCUAGAUUUUGUCCGAUAUGCCGACCAUAUCGAGGCCAAGGGAAAGCUACUGAAGACUAGGCUUGUCAUUCCUGGUGGUAAACGAUUGUGGAAGUGGGCCAAGUCCUUCUUGGAUGCCGAGGAAUCUCACGAAGAUGAUAACAUGGGCGACAUUCACACCCAAAACAAUAUCCUUCACCUUGGUGAGGCAUAUAGGCUUCGCAAAGACCCCGAGCACCUGCCACCAACUACUGUUUUUGAGAAGAUUGGGGACAAAAUUCGAGUUUUCCCGUGGUUUUUGCGCUCGUUUGAGUCAACCUACGGCUUUCGCGUUGCCUGUGCCACCAUGAAUAUUGCAAUUAUCGCGUUCCUCCACGAUACACAAACGUUCUUCACCGCGCAGCGAUUGGUGUGGGCCAUGAUUAUGGUCAACCUCAGCAUGUCCCCCACCUCGGGACAGAGCAUUUUCAGCUUUGUGUUGAGGAUCGUUGGUACAAUCAUUGCAAUGGUAGCAAGUCUAUUGAUAUGGUAUAUCCCAGGCCAAAAGACACCGGGAAUAUUGGUUUUCCUAUUCGUCUUUGUUACCAUUGCCUUCUACAUCCCGAUCAAGUUGUUCCGUUUCCGAGUCGUUGGCAUAAUCAGCAUCGUGACUACGACCAUGAUCAUCAGUUAUGAGCUUCAGGUUCGUCGAGUUGGAGAGGCCGUCGCGACAUCCAAUGGACAACCUUUCUACCCCAUCUAUCUUUUGGCGCCUUAUCGAUUAGCUGCUGUGACAGGCGGUAUCGCCGUGGCAUUUUUCUGGACGUUUUUCCCAUAUCCAAUCUCUGAGCACUCAGUCCUCCGUCAAAGCCUGGGAGCAUCACUGUAUCUGCUGGCUAACUACUACUCAAUUAUCCAUGAGACACUCUCUGGUCGCAUGCGUGGUGACGGGGGUCACUAUUUAUUGAAGAGUGCAGCGGGUCGCAAGCUUGAGAAAGCACGGCACAAAGUAUUCUCAAAGCAAAUGCUUAUGCUAGCUGGCCUACGAACAUACUCCGAGUUCCUGCAGUGGGAGGUCCCGGUUGGUGGCCGAUUCCCCACGAAGCAGUAUGAUUCGAUUAUCCUCUGUGUAGAAAACAUCGUCAACUACCUCAGUUUGCUAGGUUAUGCAUCCGACACUCUUAUGUACCUGAGUGACGGCGAAGAUCCUACAGAUACAGCCUGGAUGAUCGAUUUCCGACGCCUGUUCAAUACUGCGAAAGUCACGACACACGAGGUCACAUCUUUGCUUUGUCUUCUCUCUGCCAGCAUUACGAACCGCCAACCUCUCCCACCAUACCUCAGAGCACCCCGUCCAUACAGCUUCACUAAGCGUUUGGAAGAUCUUGAUGCUGACCUUCUGAGCCUUCGGCACAUUGCUGAGCCGGGAUUUGCAGCAUUUGCAGUCUUGCAGAUCUCGACUCGGUGCAUUGUCGGUGAUGUGGAAAGAUUACUCCGUCUUGUCAAAACUUUGGUCGGAGAAUUAGACUUCUCUUUCCACGCAGUCGGCACUGGAGAAUCGAUGGCUGCGUCUCGAAAGACGUCUCGAGCCGGUUCAAGAGUGGAUUUGAGCGAUAUGCCAACAUUCCAACCUGAUGGUCGAGAUAAGAAAGAUUGA